ACGCGGAACGUGCUACGAACCGGUGUGUCUGCCAGUCGUCCCAGAGAGAGAGAGAGCGGUCCUCCACGCCGACCCGCAUACGAUUCAAGCUUCAAGGAUCCCCGUGACAGAACAGCGACAAAACUUCCGACGGCCAUGCAGUGGACGUCACUCCUAGUGAUGACGGCGUUCCUGGCGCCGGCGUCCGACGGCUUCUUCUUCGGAUCGGCGCCCUCCCGGCGCCGCGACCGGCCACCAAUUGGGAGACGGAGAGCCACCUGGCAGCCCAGGCCGUACUACUGGGACUGGACGUGGAACCGGCCCUACUCCGAACCUUCCUCCGACCUGCGGCGCUUCCACCACAGCCGGCUGGACCAGUACCACACCCGCCAGAGGAGCGACACGUACCAGUACCACACCCGCCAGAGGAGCGACACGUACCGCCAGAGGAGCGACACGUACCGCGGAGGUAGCUCCUUCCGCCCCGCCCCCGCCUAUCCGCCCUACCCCGCUGGCGGCCCCCGCCGCGGCGGCAGCUCCUACUACGGAAACCCCCACGGACCGCCGAGUCCCUACCGCAGAAACCCCCACGGCCCGCCGAGUUCCUACUACGCGCCGAGCUCCUACUACCGCGGCCGGCCCGGCGCCGGGCCGUACCGCGGCCAGCCGGCGGGCCGGCGUACCGACCCGAGCCCGGCGCUCAGCCCGCCGGAGCCGGCCGACGCGGUCUCUGCCGAGGGCAGUAGCCCGCUCCCGGAACGGGUGGCCCCGCCGCCGGCGCUGGUCAACGCCACCGCCCAGCAGAUCGACGUCGACGAAAACAUCACCGAGGAAGAGAAGGCGCACAACUACAUGAAAAACACCGAGCUGCUCGUCAAGAUAGCCACUCAUUUCGACACGUACGGCUGCUUCCGGCGACUGGUGUGCGAGUGCGAGUACUACAGCAGCCGGCUCAGUCCCGAGGAGCGCACCCUGGAGGAGAAACUCAUCCUGCACGUCUUCGGGAUGGAGCGGCGCCGCCGAGAAGGCGACAUGGACCGAGCGCGCUUCUACGAGGCGGCCGCCGUGGGCGAGGCGGCCCGCACACAGGGCCUGCCCGACCCCUGCUCCCAGAUGGCGCCCAAGUGUCAGCAGAACAUGGUGAAGAAACUGUGGACCCGGCACACGCACGGCUCCAGAUGAGGAGGUGUCCACGGACUGGGGCUGGUAACAGGGGAAGGUGUCUGGUGUGCCGGUCGAUGCGGUAUAUUCGAGUGGGUCUGGCUGAUUGUGAUGCUAACACACGUACACGACGAGCUGGGAUAGAAGGAGAUGUCGACACUAACUACGACAGGUGAAGAUAAGUUGUGGGUGAUUGGCUUAUUAUUGUGCAUAGGAAGCUCCUGCACAUAGGUAAUGCCGGAGGUUUGUGGAUCUAAGUGUGCGCUUAGAGUAGAGUGAUCAUCCUGAUUUGUACCUGCAGCUAAUCCAUUAUCAACUAGCUGUUAAUAAUAAUCAAAGUCGUCUAAUCAGUGGCCAAAUAAUUUGCCCUAUAUUUAUUCGCUUGACAUCCUUGUGAUGAGUUUAGUGUCGGUGGUUGAUUUAGGUUAUCACACUUAUUUUGUACAUAUCUGUGAUGAUCUCUCGCACAUCGUGUAUCAACUAUAGACAUGAUUGUCAUGACCAUGGCUAGUUCGUCACAGCUUUUUCUCGAGGAGACGAGGGCAUGCCAUUCGGCGCAUAUAACUACGUUAGAUUGGUUGUUACGAGUGCGGGGCUGAACCGUGCCCCAUAUGUGUGUAUAUGUAUAUUUAUAUUCUCCUGCUUCGUCUGUCGCCUCUCGUCGUCAGACAUGUGGUGGUGUCUGAAGUGAUCCGACAUGACCAAACCCGACUGUGAAAUAUAUAUCAGUCGAUAUAA